AUGGAUAAAAGUUGGAUAGAUCUACCCACUGGCCACCCUGAAUAUGUCGAUGGUUGUAUGCAAUUCAUUGCGUUUGCCAAGCAAGGUCUAUUUGAAGGAAAAAUCAGAUGCCCAUGUAAGAACUGUAAGGUGGAUAAAUGGUUCCCGGUUAAUGAUGUAGAGCGACAUAUUUUGUUUAAGGGGUUUUAUAAGUCGUAUAGAAAUUGGAUCUUUCAUGGUAAAGGGGAUAUGGUUCAGCGUAUGUUAGGGAGUGAUGGAGGGAGUACUAGUGAAGGAUCCCUUGCAAGAGAGGAUGGUGAAUGGACUGAGGUGCACGUGUCAUAUGACACAUAUGUUGAAUAUGAUGAUUCUACAAUAGAAGAAGAUGCAACAUACAAGAAGCUACUUCAAGCUUCAGAGGAGAAAUUAUAUGAGGGGUAUGCAUUUCCUCAAAUACUUGAUUUUCCCUUGUCUUAUUAUUAUAGUAAGAAAAUGAUAAAAGACUUGGGCCUUGGGUAUGAAAAAAUUGAUGCUUGUCCUAAUGAUUGUAUGAUGUAUUGGGGUGCAUUUUUAGAGAAAGACAAGUGUCAUGUUUGUGGUAAAUCCAGGUGGAAAACAACCAAGGGUAAGAAGGGUGACGAUGUAAGUGAUCAAGGUACGAAUACUUGUAAGAAAGGUGUGCCAGCUAAGGUAAUGCGAUAUUUUCCUCUUAUCCCAAGACUAAAAAGAAUCUACAUGUCAUCAGAAACAAUAGAAGAUAUGAGAUGGCAUGAUACAGAGCGAUUGGGUGAAGAUGAUAAGAAGAUUUUGAGGCAUCCUUCUGAUGCCUUAGCGUGGAAGGCAUUUGAUGAGCGUCAUAGAGAUUUUGCAUUAGACCCUCGUAGUGUUCGAUUAGGUCUUGCGAGCGAUGGGUUUAAUCCUUACCGUUUAAUGAACACUACUUAUAGUACAUGGCCAGUGGUGUUGAUUCCUUAUAAUCUUCCACCAUGGCUAUGUACGAAACCAUCUUCUUUCAUUUUUUCCACACUUAUUCCCGGAAAAGCAAGUCCUGGAAAUGAUAUUGACGUGUAUUUGCAACCAUUAGUUCAUGAAUUGAAAUUGUUGUGGGGAGGGGUUGAAGCUUUUGAUGCUUUUGACGGAGUGAAAAUUAAUUUGCGCGCGGCUUUGCUUUGGACUAUUAAUGACUUUCCUGGCUAUGCAAUGCUCUCUAGUUUGAGCACAAAAGGUUACAAUGCAUGUCCUAUAUGCAUGGAUUCCACACCCUCUGAUAGAUUUGGGAACAAGAUUUGUUAUUGUAGCUAUAGAAAAUGGUUACCCGCAGAUCACCCAUAUCGACGUCAGGGUGAAAAGUUUUGUGAGAAGUUUGGAACUAAUGAGUUGGGUGAAGCCCCAUCUCGUCCUAGCGACACUGAUAUAUUGAGUCAACAAGAAAAGGUCGAGUAUGUUUAUGGAAAGUCAAAGGCACCACCGAAAAAGAGACAAAGAGGACAUAAUGAUAACAAUGAUGUCCAAGAUGAAAUUGUCUUUGGUACCAAGAGAAGAAUAUUAUUUGAUUUGGUGUAUUGGGAGCAUAAUCUUCUAAGGCAUAAUUUAGACGUUAUGCACAUUGAGAAAAAUGUGUCUGAGAAUCUUCUGGGUACACUUCUUAGUAUGGAUAAGAGUAGAGAUAGUAGGGAUGAUCGAGAAGCCCUUGAAGCAUGGAGAAUAAAGCCUCACCUUUGGCUUAGUACUGAUCAUAAUGGAAGUGAAUACAUGCCUCCAGCUUCCUAUUCUAUGUCUAGGGAGGAAAAAGAGAGAUUCUUAAAUGUUUUGUAG